AUGAAACAAUUACAAUUUUGUCAAGGAUGCAAACCGAUGUUAUUGUUAAUUGUCGGUAGCACAAUAUUAAGAUGGGUUUUUUCUACUUUAAACAAUGACGUAGUUGAAUUGCAAGCAAUGUCUAUGAAAGUUAUAUUAUAUUUACCUUGGGGUGUAGAUUUAGAAUUAGUUAUAAAUUAA